AUGGAAGCUAACAUUUCGGAUGACAAACUGUUCACAAUUAUGGAAGCUAACAUUUCGGAUGACAAACUGAAUACAACUAUGGAAGCUAACAUUUCGGAUGACAAACUGAAGUGUAUGGAAGCUAACAUUUCGGAUGACAAACUGAAAUGGAGCUACAAGGACACAAACAUUGCUGGAAUGGAAAUUGAAGACAUGGUAAAUAGCAACCCUCUGGUACUUAUUUACAGCAAUAAAGAUUCGGCUACAUAUUUGCACUACAAUGGAACCAGAACAACUCCUGAUUUACUCUUGGCCUCAAGCGACAUCAGCGAGCACACACGCCGCAAAAUAAUUGACGAUCCUGGUUCUGGUCACAAACCAGUCAUUACUAGCAUCACCAUCGCCAGCAAAAGCAUGACAAGGAAAGUGCCAACUAAGCUAUCAUGGAACUUCAAGAAGGCUGACUGAUGUGCAAAGAAAACUAUUCCCCGAGGCAAGACUAAACACUCUCGAGUGUUUUGGUCUAAACACCUUGAGGAAUUGAAAGGAAAGCGAGACGGCCUUCGCAACACUGUUAGACUGGAAGAACGGAAGACGUACAAGCCUGGAGACGGC